AUGUCCCCCACGACCGCGCUACAGGGCCGCCUGAAAGAGCUCUCGACAUGCCUGGGUCAAAUACAGCCCCUAGUUGACCGACUGCGCGAUUUUACUUCUUCCAUCGGCCAGGGCGAUGAAGCGCGCCUUGAACUUGGAAGCGAGAUACAUUCGCGGUUGAAAGAAGCCGAGCAAGAGUUAGAGCUACUGCGCGUUGAGGUCGAAGCGCUUGAAACAGCAGAUAACAGGCGGAGGUCGUCUGCUGUGCAUGGAGAAAAAGAGGCCGAGAGAGAGCGGGUUGCCUCUAUGGCGGGGCGAUUGGCGGAGGAACUGAAGAAGUUGCGAGCUGAUUUCCGAACCGCGCAACUACAAGCGAAGCGGAACGCUGAGCUUGCUAAGCGCAAGGAAAGAGAGUUGCUAAUGUCGAGAUCGCACUCCGAGAAGAAGCAGCCGACGGAAAAGUUCACUCAAGACGAUCUUGUUUUGAAUGCUUCGAACGACGUGACAUCUGCGCUACGCAGGACACAUCAACUGAUGCAGGCGGAGCUGUCCCGUAGUCAAUUUGCUCAAUCGACUCUAGAACAAUCAACUGCCGCGAUCUCAUCACUAUCGGAGUCGUAUAGCAGUCUUGAUACGCUUCUCUCCUCAUCCCGCACUCUCGCAAACUCUCUUCUCCGCUCUCAAAAGUCUGAUACAUGGUAUCUUGAGACCGCAUUCUACAUCCUCAUCGGGACAAUUAGCUGGCUUCUAUUCAGACGGGUUUUCUAUGGGCCUCUUUGGUGGCUUGUAUGGCAACCUUUGAAGCUUAUCGCUCGGGUUAUGUUUGCGGCCCUAGGUGCUGCCGGUCUCUCCAGUACAGCGGUACAGACUGCUUCCGGAUCGCUAUCGAGUGAUAUAUCUUCCGCUCUUCGUCAAACAGCUACGGCUGCUAUGGCAGCAACCGGGACAUCUAGCACCGCAUGGGAGCAUGAGACGCCGGCGUCGGCUGAUACUGAUCGUGUGAUGGACAAGAUUGGAGAAAUGGCCGAACAAGCUAAACAACACGGGAUAGACCUUGACGACAUCACUGUGGAUGAGAGUGCAGACGAAGAACUUCCUCGUAAUCCAAAAAAGAGGAUGUUUGAAGGCGAGAUACCGGAACCAGUCCUCCGAGACGAGCUAUAG